AUGCCUGCGUUUGAUCUGGACAUCGCUGACAGCCAGGAGGAUAUUUCACAGGAUGAUGGGAAAUGUUUAUGGUCCAGUUUGCUGAAAGAAGUUACUCACAAAGCGUCUGUAAAACUCCCAUCAACACGGGCUUUGAUUGUGCUGGGUGAUGAUGGUUGCGGCAAAACGACACUGAUCACACGAUUGCAACGGGCCGAAGAUCCAAAAACCAGUUACGGACUUGAAUACACGUUUAUCGAUAUCAAGGAUGAAGAUCGGGAUGACCAAACUAAGUUGAAUGUGUGGAUUCUCGAUGGGGAUGUGAUACAUAGUCAUCUGCUCAAGUUUGCUCUGAAUGCGAACAAUUUUGGUGAAUGCGUUGUCGUGAUCAUGGUUAGCAUGGCCGAACCAUGGAAUAUUGUGGAAAGUUUGGAAAAGUGGGCAGACAUCUUGUCGAAGCAUAUUAAACGUUUGGCUAUUCCGCCGGAAACUUUAACGGAUUACAAGAAUGGACUCGUUCAGCAGUUUCGCGAGUAUGUCGAACCGGACUCAUUGCUCACCCCGACAACACCGGCACCGAUCAGUCACGCCCCGUUGCCCACUGCUCCAACUGCGGCCCGCCGUGUCACCCAGUCAUUACACCCGGCCACGGCCGCUCUGUUGUCAUCCACACUAACCACACAGGCAUCCAGCACGGACCCUGUCCAGCAAACAAACUCGUUGAACACGGAUCCCGAUAUGGAUGAUGCGGACGGAAUUCUGAACAGUCCAAUGCUCCUGCCCUUGGAUCCAUCUACACUAUCGGAAAAUUUGGGCAUCCCCUUGGUCGUGGUGGUCACAAAGACUGAUGCAAUGAAGACAUUGGAAAAAGAAGACCGGUUCACGGAAGAACACUUCGAUUUCAUUCAAAUGCACAUUCGUCGAUUCUGUUUGCGAUAUGGUGCCGCAUUGUUCUAUGUUUCGGUCAAGGAAGACCGCAAUUGCGAUUUGUUGAAUCGCUAUCUACAAAGCCGUAUCUACGGAUUUCCGUUCACACAAAGUGCCUAUGUGGUCGAAAGGGAAUGUGUGUUCGUUCCGACCGGUUGGGAUAGCGAGAAAAAGAUCUCCAUUCUGGAGGAAAAUUUCGCCCAAAUUCGUUCGACGGACGCGUACAAUGAUGUGAUUCCCCGUCCACCGCCAAAAAAACCUGCCGUCCGGGAGCCAGAGUUGAUGACUCAAGAUGAACAAGUAAGAUCGCUGUGGACGCGUACCGAUUGGGGUGUGCAUUGCUCACUGGAUUUGUCACGCACCUCAUCCAGUCGGUGCAUAACUGUCAUUUGA